AUGGCAGAGUUCCUGGGGAUCCAGCUAAUGGCUGAGCUGGACCUGCUCGAGCUGGACCUGCAUGGCACAGAGGGGGCUGGAUCGGAGGAGGUACCGGAAGGAACCGGCUGGGAUUUGUAUAAUGCUGAGUCUUACCACAGUGGCCAGGAUAUGAUGCCCCCGGCUACGCUAGGGGCUGUGUUUGGCUUAACUACCUGUCUCAGUGCCCAAGUCCGAGAGGAACCAGAUGAUCCCUUGAACUAUUUCAUAGGAGGCUGUGCAACGGGAGCUGUCUUAGGUGCAAGAGCUCACAGUUACAUGACUGGGACCACUGCAUGUUUGGGGUUUGGAAUUACUGCUGCUCUCGUGAAGAUCGGUAAAAAGGAGGGCUGGAGGCUGACGGGACCUCCCAAGCUGUAA